CAGGGCGGCAACAAUACAGGCGGGGCUCUCUUUGUCUUGGAUGUUAUGAGCGGAGCUGCGCGGAAGCUGCUGGACAACUUCCAGGGUCUGCAGUUCAACAGUCCCAACGAUGUGGUGGUCUCUAGCGACGGCGUUAUCUACUUUACGGACCCCUCCUACGGCCUGCAGCAGAAGUUCCGGACCAUGAUGCAAGUGGGCGACUAUGUGUGGCGUUUCAAUGCCCGCACCGGGGACACCGCAAUCGUGGACCAGACAUUCCUGAAGCCCAAUGGAGUGGUGCUGUCUCCGGACGGCAGGGUUGCGUACAUCACUGACACCGGCUGCAAGGAUGCGAAUGCAUCUGAUGGCGGCCAGUGCACCGCCGCCGACACACCCCGCUCCAUCUAUGCCUUUGACAUCCUCAAGAGCAUCUUGCUGGCCAACAAGCGCCUGUUUGCGGUACCGGAUGUGGGCACGCCAGACGGCAUCAAGGUGGACCUGCAGGGCAAUGUAUGGACCGGCGUUGGCGACGGCGUC